AUGAGCGAGCUUAAGGGGCGGCUGGGCAAAUACAAUGUCGCCCAUAAGCUAGAAAAGAGAGCCCUUCUCAACACAGUUUGCCUUGUGGCUGGUAUCUCCAUCUUCUUCUUUGGCUAUGAUCAAGGCUUGAUGGGCGGCGUCAACACCUCACGAGACUACGUCGAGCUUAUGGGAUUUGGCCACUGGGAUGAAGAAGCAGGGAUUGUCCACAUUGACGACACCUUGCUCCAGGGAGGCAUCAACGCAUGCUACUACCUCCCCGGAACUCUGUUUGGAUGCCUCUUAGGUGGUUGGGCUGGAGAUAAAUAUGGACGGACAACUGCCAUAGGAUGGGCUUGCCUGUGGUCUAUUGCGACUGCUGCCUUUCAGUCCGCUGCCCAGAGCUCAGACUGGAUGAUUGUUGCCCGUGUCUUGAAUGGUAUCGGAACCGGUAUCCUAAAUGCUGUUACACCCGUCUGGGCCACUGAGACGGCUGCACAUACUUCGCGUGGCCAAUUUGUGGCUAUAGAGUUUACAUUGAACAUUUUCGGUGUCGUAGUGGCCUACUGGCUGCAGUUCUUUGUGCUGACCCCCAGAAGCGGCACCUCUAAGAUGCCCAACCAAUACUCCUCCUUCAUUUGGCGCUUUCCAAUUGCCUUUCAGAUAGUCCCCCUCAUUGUCCUAUUUGCCGCCGUCUGGUUCAUGCCUGAGUCUCCACGAUGGCUUGUCCGCAUGGGGCGUGAGGAUGAAGCGCGUUACAUCUUGAGACGCCUUCGCGGAUCUGAGGGCGAGGAGCGUGAGGCAGCGGAUGCCGAGCUACAGGACAUCAUCAAUGUCCGAAAUAUGGAGGAUAAUACGGCAAAGCAGCAGAGUUACUUUGCCAUGUUCUUUGGCAUCGGCUCUGGCAAAUUGCACACAGCGCGCCGCGUCCAGCUCGUCAUUUGGCUUCAAAUUCUACAGGAAUGGGUCGGCAUCGCAGGUAUUACCAUCUAUGGGCCCACGAUAUUUACAAUUGCCGGCAUUGGAGCUGCAGAUCGCCUCUGGGUCAGUGGAUUGAACAACAUUACAUAUAUGUUUGCUACCCUCAUCUGCGUCUUCACUCUUGAUCGCAUUGGUCGCCGCUGGACGCUUUGGUGGGGAGCUGGCGCACAAGCUGUGUGCAUGUUCCUAGCUGGCGGUCUGGCCCGAGCGACUCUCAACGCCGACCCAGGUAACAAGGCCGGAGUCGGUGGUGCAUCUACAUUUUUUGUGUUCUUGUACACUGCCGUUUUCGGUGCAACCUGGCUAACCGUCCCGUGGCUGUACCCUGCCGAGAUCUUCCCCCUCCAAGUCCGCGCCAAGGGAAAUGCAUGGGGUGUGGUUGGUUGGUCAAUCGGAAACGGUUGGUGCGUACUACUCCUACCUACCAUUUUUGAACGCCUGAAUGAAAAGACGCUAUACAUUUUUGGCGGCAUAAACGUCUUCUGUAUCAUUGUCGUUUGGGCAUUCUACCCCGAGUCUAAUCAACGCACACUCGAGGAAAUGGAUCUCGUCUUUGCCUGCGACAGCCCCUGGACAUGGGAUGCCGAGGAGAAUUUUGCCAGGAUACAGAGAGAGAACCCGAGCCUCGUCCAGGCCUCCAAGAUGGGAAGGGCUGUGAUUGAUCCUGAAACUGGCCUUAUAACCUCGCGACGUGCCAGUCGGAUAAGCAAUACUAGCAAAACCGAAACAAAGGAAAUCCCAUAA